AUGAUUUAUAUUUUGGGACCUGAAUACAAGCCCAGAAAGAAGUUCAUUGGGAAAGUAUUUAAUUUGUUGAAUAUGCAAUAGUUAUUUGUGUUCCUUUGCGAUAUAUACAUUUGGUUAUUGUUCUUUCCAUGCAUGAUUACAUGUUUUGAAUUUUGCAUUUGUAAUGAAGAUUAGGGGUGUACUUUUGAUGCAGUGAGAUUGAUCUUAACUUUGUUGGCCAUUUUGGGAUUGCUAUGUGGUUUGCUUAAUAUUGUUGUAUUAACUGCUUUGUUUCAUAAUAAUUGGGAAAACAAAAAAGAUUGUUUCAAUGGAGAAAAUGUAAUUUAUCUAACCAGUUAUCAAUUCAGUCGUUUUGUAAUGGCAUUCUUUGUAGUUUUCAGGUAUUAUUAUAGUGUUAUCUCUAAGCACCAAAGUUUACACUUUCUUAUGGUUGUUUAUGGUAGUAUCAUUUUUGAUUUACACAUUUUUUUUAGCGAACAUUCUAAUUGGAAAUGGGUUCUUAGCUUUUGGGACGAAAUACACUAGGUCAUUAUUUAUCAUAUUGUUGAUAUUUCUGGUUAGCACCACCUUUUCAUCAAUUAUCGAUGAAUUGCAUCGAAGUUAGAAUUCCGAUACAAAAAUUGAAAAUUUUAGCGUUUAUUUUUCAUUCACUUUGAUCUUCCUCUUAUUGACAGUUGGCUAUAAUUUGAGACACACUCAGAGUCUUACUAUUUAAUUUGAUAUCCAUUAAUUAACUCCUGAUGCUCUGUAGAAACAAAUAUAUACAACCCUUGCUUUCCUGGAGGUUUCACUUACUGACAUCUCAAUUGAUACUUAUUUCAAAGGGAUUCUGUAGAGACAUUUGGAUUUUGAAUGUUAACAUCCUGUAAUAAAAGGAGAGGGCAGGUGCUUUUGCAAAAAGAAAAGAGUCUAUGAUUCAAAGAAGCGAAAGGAAGUGAGAGUGGAAGAGUGGAUUACAACGAAAGCAAUAAUUAUGAAAUUUCUGAUCAAAAGUUGGAUUGAAACCUAUCUUGGUGAUCGACCUAAUGAUGUGGGUGUACAAAUACUCUAUGCUAGGUAAGAAAUUAAAUUAAAUUAAAUUAGGUUUAUGUUCAGUAAAUUUCAUAAUCAUUAGAUUGCAUUGCAUAUUCUAUCAGAUCUGGAGAAGCGAUUCACUUUUUUAUUGGAUAGAUACAGAUCUUAUUAAUUGAAAUGGAAAAUAAUAAAAUUCAUUAGACACAGGAAUAGUGAUAGUUAUAAAGGGAAAUUGGAGAUUGAGAACGCAUUAUUUGUUGAAGAACAAAUUGAUUUAAUAAAAAACAAUAUCACAAAUAUCCUGAAGUAGAACUGUAUAUUUUGGAACAAUCUUCAAUAAACCACAAUUGAUAUGAGUGAGAUGGACAAUCUGUUGUAAAUGUAAUUCAAAAAAAUAGAAGAGACUAAACAUUUGUGGAUAACAAUUACUAAUUAUUUGGAGUACAAAAAGAAGUGGAAAUUUUAUUAUGCUUGGUUCACUCUUUAUAUUUUGAAUAAGAAAAUUAAAAAUAGAAUUCUUGACAACUUCUAAGGGUUCUAGGUAAAUGAGAACGAUAUUUUCUCAGAAGAACUGCAAGAACAUAAUGUGGAUGAAGAUGUGAAUAGUGUCAAGUCUGGAUACUUAGAUAAUGAGAAGAUAGAGAUAAAAAGCAGGAAAAUAAUAUUUGAUAAAAAAGCAUGUAUUAUAUAAGCAAGUGAUGACAUUCAAUCUUCAAUUCUCAAAGUCAAUAAACAAUUUACUCGUAUAUUUGGUUAUUCUAGUGAAGAAGUAGUAAAGAUGUAAGCAUUAUUGUUAAUUUAGAUUGCCGAUAAUCAAUUUGAUGCCCGAUGUCUAUAGUAAGGUCCAUCCUCAGAUUCUCAAUGAUUACAAACAAACAGGCAAGAGCAACUCUCUCUAUUCUCAAAGAAAGAUUUAUUGUCUUCAUAAAUCUGGUGUUAUGUUUACUGCAUGGAAAUUCUUAAAAUUAUAUGUUGAUUUGAAUGGUCUCUCCUAAUUUGUGAUUAUGAUUAGGCCAACUGAUUUUGAUAACGAAAAGAAGCAUGACUACAUGAUACUUAACAAUGAUUGGGAAAUUAAUGGAAUGACCAAUAAUGUACUUUCAGGACUUAAUCUCGAUCCUCGUCUAUUCAAAAAGGCCUCUUCUGAAUUCAUACUCUUUAACAUGCUUCUAUUUGCACCCAAACUCAUUUAGUAUUCCAGAAUAGCUCCAUUGAUUAAUGAGGAAAAAGAUUUACCCAUUUUUGGAAUGAUGAAGAAUCCCAAGAAACCAGUUCAAAAGGUCAUUCACCAUCAAAAUGUCCUUGAAAAUCAAUUGUCUAAUUCAAGCAAACCCAAAAUUAAUGUCAAUAUGCUUGGCUCAGCCUCACUCAAGUAGUCACUUGGGAAGCCAAUUCAAGGUAUGUAUUCUGAUCUUGAUUUUGGAUCCAAAGUAUUAUUACCGUAACAAUCAAUCGAUUAAUAGAUACCAUAAUAAUUGGUUGUCUAAAAUGAGAGAGAUAAAUUCUUGUAACAUCAAAUGAGUUCUAUUAGUGAUAAGAAUGAAUUUGAUGAUUUCAAUAAAUAGAUAGGUUAAUUUGAUAAGAUCUAAAAUCUCAAUUAAGAAAUGGAAAGAAGAGCAGAGGAGUAGAUUAAUCAACUCAAAGAAACAUAAUUUUAAAGUAAUUACCAGAAGAUUUAAACUAUGGGCAACAAAGAAAAAGAUGCUUUCAGUGAGGAUAAUGCUAGUAGAGAUGAAAUGAUUGAAAAAAUCAAAGGGAUUAAGAUAUUAGAAGGCAAAAUCAACAGUGGCGAAUAAAUUCAAUUCAGAAUGAAGAUACCAGAGAAUAUGGAUAAAAUUAUUGAUUACUAUUCCUCCUAAAAAUCAAAGAUGUACUAAUUAAAAAAAUAACAAGAUGAUGUAUCCAAUUGUUAUUAAUAUUAUUUUAGUAAGUUAAAUAGGAAGAAGUUAUUGAUUAAGGCAAGAAAAAGGAAAAAGAGAAAUUCUUCACCAAAUAAGGAACACAACAAAGAGAAUUUAGGAAAAAAGCUAGACUAAUGUUCUAAAAAGCAGCAGAAAUGAAACGAUGUUAAGAUGAUGUGUAAAUCAUUUAUUCAUAUGACAUAGAAAUUUCUACGAAUUAUUGCUUGAGAUCUACUAGAAACUAAUAUAAGAGUAAAAAACUCGGACAUAUAAGGUGAAUUGCACCAUUUAAUUCAUUAAAAUAAAAGACGAAAGAGUAGGUAUUAUAAAAAUAAUUUCAAUAAAUGAAAUAAUGAAGAUUAAAAGAGUUACUAGGGAACGAGAUGGAAACCGCAAAUAAUCAGUCUUCUUGAAGAAUAUAUAACCUUCAAGAGAAUUAGGCAAGGGAUCAAAAUUGUCAGCCACUAAUUUAUCAAAUUAAUUUGAAAAUUCAAAAUUUGUGUCUAUGGCAAGCGAAAACGACACUAAAUAAUAGGUUAGCCCUGUAGACUUUAAAUCGAAUCCCAAGAUCCCUCUUAUGAAGGAUAAGUCCUUUAAAGGAAAUCUAGGUUAUCAGAUGAAUGCUCCCAUUCAAGAAAUUGAUGAUGAUAAGGAUCUAUUGAUUGAUAGUAAAGCUUUUAAUAAGAUGAUUAAUUGGGAUACCUUUUAAUAACAGUUCAAGAUGCAACAGGGAGCACUUAACUUUUCACUUAAUGCUGGCGAUAAUAUAUUCAGGAAGGAAGAUAAUAAUAAGCCUCGUAAAUUCCUGAUCAAAAUUGCUUAUUUAACAUGGUUUUUGAGAAUAAUGUUUGUUGCCAUCAUUACUUUAAAUCUGCUGACUUACUUCCUUAAACCCUUUGUUGAAUUCAACCCUAUGAUUUCUCAAUCCAAUAGAAUCUUAGCAUUAUCUUAAAUGUAAACAACCAUGAUUGAGACUUAUGACACUCUCUUGGAUCUGUUAAUAUUCCGAAAUGAAUCUGAUUUUAAUGAAAUGGGAAUGUCAGACAAAUUAACCUAUUAUAAUUAUCAACUGUAAUCCAUUUAGGAGAGUUACAAAUUUCUUAAACUGCAAAUUAAAGAUUUAGAUUAACUGUAGACUUUUCUUGAUGAUGCCAUUUUCUAUUCCAGUGCCAUCUUUGAUGAAUCCAUACUUGGGCAAGCCAAUACCACCCUCACUCUCGAUAGUAAAGAUUACUUCACUAAGUUCAUUAUGUUAGAACAUCAGAUAUCCAUGAUGGAUGCUUCAGUAUUAGAAGUCAUAGGCCCAUCAGACCCAUUUGUUAAAUUUAUUAGAUAUGUCACAAUACCAUAAUUAUACAACCAACUAAAUAAUGCCGUUAUGGAGUUAUAGAAUAUUGUGUUGGAGAAAUCUGAUUCUAUUUCCGAUUUCGUUGUGGUGAUACUAAGCAUAGAAGGGUCUCUUUUGGCCAGUGGAUUUUUUGGAUUACUUGUCAUAAUCUUUUGGAUUAGUCAAACAUACAAAGCAGUUCUAAAGAUCUUUAUACUUAUUUAGAAGAAUGAUUUAAAUAAAAUAGUCAAAUAAUAAAAGUUCAUCGAAAAUCAAUUUAAAUAUAUCAUAACAAAAGACCUAGAAAUCAGUGGAGUUCAACCAAAAGGGGUUUAUCAAAGAUUUAAUUCUCUCUCCUCAAAACAUAAUUUUCAAAUGCAACAAAACUUCCUUUUAAUCAACGAAGAAGAAGAAUAGAAUAUGAAUAAGAAGAGAGAGAAGAAUAUCAUUGAUCGAUAAUUGCUAAAAUCAUUGACUCUUAAAUUAUAUGCCACCUACAUCAUUUUGGUUCUAUUAUCUGCUGGAGCUUCCUUCGCCUUCUUCUUUACACUAAAACAAGCAAGCAGUGAUAUCAGUAAUCUUAUUUAAAUUGGAUCAGUUGCUAUUUCUGAUUUUUCAGAUAGUUAACUUCUAUUAGUAUCUGUUAAAGAACGAUAUUACAAUGAGGAUAAUUACCAAUCAAAUUACCUACCCAAGGUUAAGACUUUGCUAGAAAGUCAAAUUGAAAGUGUAAAACAAACUCCUUAAAUUGAUGAUCCAGGACAUGGGAACUAUUAUGACGGAUUUUAAGCAAUUUAUUUUAAUAAUCUUUGCUACUAUCUGUUUACUGAAUCCUGUAAAUCAUAAAUUAUAUUAUCUUAGAACUAUCUUUAGCUGAAUAGACUGAUUGCGAAACGUUAGUGAAUGGCAAAUUAAAAGACGGAAUAGUGGCAUUUAAUUAAUAUUUCCUCUCAAAUGUCUAGGAUUAUGUUCUAUUAAAUAUAGAUAGAUUUGGGUACAUCAAUAAUAAAAUGAUUUGGAAUCUAAAUUCCUGCAUUGAUUAUGUCAAAACAGCUUUCAAAACAUUACUUACAGAGUGGGCUCAGGUAUAAAUUAUAAUUACUAUUAAUUAGGAUUUAAAUUAAUUGAUAGAUUCAAAUAUCACAUUAAUUUUGGUGUUGUUAAUCGUUAUGCAAUUAUUUUAAUUAUUUGUCUUCCUGGCAAUUGCUGAAAUGUACUUGGUAAGCCAACUCAAUAAGACAUUUUCCUUUUAUCGAUUAGUUUACAAAUCCUAUAUGCCAAAUGAUAUCAUUUAAAAAGAGAAAAUCAUAAGAGCCCAAUUAAUACGUUACAAUAUAAUUAAGAAAUGA